AUGGAUAUUACGCAAGUCUCGAAAGUUGCAACAGACUUUACCAACUUUUAUUAUUCCACGUUUAGCGCUGACCGAGGUCAACUCUUACCACUUUAUAGUACUCUGUCUAACAACAAGGACAUUCUAAAAUGUUUAAUGUCGAAUAAAGCAUUCCAUUUCUUUGAUAAUUCUAUUCGCUUUCUCCGAGAACGCAGAGAUCAAUCAAUGUUAACAUUCGAAGGACAAUCAUUUCAAGGUGCGAAGAACAUUAUUGAAAAAUUGACGCGAGUUCAGCACCAUAUUGCCACCAUAGACGCACAACCAAAUUUCCAGGGUAUUUUUGUUUGUGUUACUGGCGAACUACGGGUUGAUGAAGAUAAUCCGCAAAGAUUCGCACAAGCCUUUCAGCUUAUUCCUGAAGGCACAUCCUACUAUGUUCUUAAUGACAUCUUUCGUCUGAACUACGGUUGA